AUGUCCGAGACCGGCGGGGCCGGGCCGGCCGGGGGCGGUGGCGGUGGCUGUGGUGGCGGUAGCUGCGGCGGCGGCAGCGGCGGCGGCGGCGGCGGCGGCGGGGCCGGAGGGCAGCAGCAGCAGCCGCCGCCCCCUCCUCCGCAGCCGCCGCCGCCGCCUGUGCCUCUGCCUCCUCCUCCGCCGCCCCCGCAGGGAUCCCCGGCGGCUGGGGGCGGACCGGCCCGGGCCGCGGCGUCCGCCGCCGCUGCUGCUGCUCCUGCUGCGGCCGUCCCUGCCCCCGUCCCGGCCGGCGCCGGCCCCGGCCCCGCCGCGUCCUCGGGGCCGGGCGCCGCCGAGAGCCCGGGGGUCGGCAGCGGCGCUUCUACGGCCCGGAUCGCGGUGAAGAAGGCGCAGCUGCGCUCCGCUCCCCGGGCCAAGAAACUGGAGAAACUCGGCGUCUACUCGUCCUGCAAGGCCGAGGAAUCUUGUAAAUGUAACGGCUGGAAAACCCCCAAUCCCCCGCCCACUCCUCCCCGGGCAGACGUGCAGCAGAUAAUUGUCAGUCUCACAGAGUCCUGCCGUAGUUGUAGCCACGCUCUCGCUGCUCAUGUGUCUCACCUGGAGAAUGUGUCAGAGGAAGAAAUGAACAGGCUCCUUGGCAUAGUAUUGGAUGUGGAAUAUCUCUUCACUUGUGUUCACAAAGAAGAAGAUGCAGACACCAAACAAGUUUAUUUCUACCUGUUCAAGCUUUUGAGAAAAUGCAUCUUACAAAUGGGGAAACCCGUAGUGGAAGGAUCGUUGGAGAGCCCUCCAUUUGAGAAGCCAAGUAUCGAACAGGGCGUGAAUAAUUUUGUACAGUACAAGUUUAGUCACCUACCCUCCAAAGAGAGACAGACAAUAGUUGAGCUGGCCAAGAUGUUCCUAAACCGCAUCAACUAUUGGCAUCUGGAGACGCCAUCUCAGCGAAGAUUACGAUCUCCAAAUGAUGAUGUUGCAGGAUACAAAGUGAACUACACCAGGUGGCUGUGUUACUGUCACGUGCCCCAGUUCUGUGACAGUCUCCCUCGCUAUGAGACCACCCAAGUGUUCGGGAGGACGCUACUCCGCUCUGUCUUCACAGUGAUGAGGCGGCAGCUCCUGGAACAAGCCCGGCAAGAGAAAGACAAGCUGCCCCUGGAGAAGCGAACCCUCAUCCUUACCCAUUUCCCAAAGUUUCUCUCCAUGUUAGAAGAGGAAGUCUAUAGCCAGAGCUCCCCUAUCUGGGAUCCAGACUUUCUGGCUGCCUCUUCUCGCGCUGGUCAGCUAGGAAUCCAAACAGUCAUCAACCCCCCUCCUGUGGCCAGGACAGUAUCAUACAAUGGGAGCCCUUCCUCUCUGGAGCAGCCAGUUGGAGGAAGCAUGAGUCCUGCCUGCAAAGUCUCUUCUGGACUUGAAGGGAACCGAGGAGAGAAGAGAAAAAUGAAUGACCUUCAUUCCCUGGAGGAGGCCAAGAGACCCAGAGUUGUAGGGGAUAUUCCCAUUGAAUUGAUCAAUGAAGUUAUGUCCACCAUUACAGACCCUGCUGCAAUGCUGGGACCGGAGACCAACAUUCUCUCUGCACAUUCAGCUCGGGAUGAAGCAGCCAGGCUGGAAGAACGCCGAGGAGUGAUAGAAUUUCACGUGGUUGGCAACUCUUUGAAUCAGAAACCCAACAAAAAGAUCAUGAUGUGGCUGGUUGGCUUACAGAAUGUCUUCUCUCAUCAACUCCCUAGAAUGCCCAAAGAGUAUAUUACCCGCCUAGUCUUUGAUCCUAAGCACAAGACUCUUGCUCUGAUUAAAGAUGGCCGUGUGAUUGGUGGGAUUUGUUUCCGGAUGUUCCCAUCGCAAGGAUUCACAGAGAUUGUCUUCUGUGCCGUUACUUCCAAUGAGCAAGUCAAGGGCUAUGGAACUCACCUCAUGAAUCACCUGAAAGAAUACCAUAUAAAACAUAGCAUCCUGAACUUUCUUACGUAUGCUGAUGAAUAUGCAAUUGGAUACUUCAAGAAACAAGGUUUUUCCAAAGAUAUCAAAGUACCCAAAACCAAAUAUGUUGGCUACAUCAAGGAUUAUGAAGGAGCCACCCUAAUGGGCUGUGAAUUAAACCCAAGGAUCCCAUACACAGAAUUUUCUGUCAUCAUCAAAAAACAAAAAGAGAUAAUUAAGAAGCUUAUAGAAAGGAAGCAAGCCCAGAUUCGAAAGGUCUACCCUGGGCUUUCGUGUUUUAAAGAUGGAGUACGGCAGAUUCCAAUAGAAAGCAUUCCUGGCAUUAGAGAGACAGGCUGGAAACCAAGUGGAAAAGAAAGAGGCAAAGAGCCCAAAGAUCCCGAUCAGCUUUACAGCACAUUAAAAAACAUCCUGCAGCAGGUGAAGAGCCAUCAAAGCGCUUGGCCCUUCAUGGAACCCGUGAAGAGAACAGAAGCUCCUGGAUAUUAUGAAGUUAUAAGGUUCCCUAUGGAUUUGAAAACCAUGAGUGAACGACUCAAGAAUAGGUACUACGUAUCUAAGAAAUUAUUCAUGGCAGACUUACAGCGAGUGUUUACCAAUUGCAAAGAGUACAACCCCCCUGAGAGUGAAUACUACAAAUGUGCCAAUAUCCUGGAGAAAUUCUUCUUCACCAAAAUUAAGGAAGCUGGAUUAAUUGACAAGUGACAACUUUUUCCUUCUCCCUUGUAGCAAUUAAUCUGUCACCAGGCCUGAUGAAUGGAGUUCAGUUUCAAAGUACUGGGACAAUGUAUUGAAGAUACUUAUACAUGUUUUAACUAGCACUUUUCAAAAAACAAAAACAAAACAACAAAAAUAGACUCCUCUUAUAGCUUUUCAGAUGUGUAUUUAAAUGGAAGUUACAGAACAUUUUUAUUUUAUUAAAUAGAUUUUACUCUUUACUAUUAAUGUCCAUUUUCUACGGUGUGUAAUUUAGCAGUAUGUUCAGUGAUGGGUAAUCAGAGAUUUCCUCCAGGCCUACAUGGGAGGAGAUUGCACAUAGUACCAAGUUUUGGGGGCUUUGGAAAAAUUUCCAGACCGUGAAUGUCUUUAGUUUGUUCUCUGAUGGAGUUUAUUUUUAUUUUGUUCAGGAGAACAUUAAGCAAGGGAAGAGUAAUAAAAGAGUAAUAAAAAAUCCUUUUUUACAAAAGGUGAAAUACAUUACAUUUGAGGUCUCAUUGUAGACCUUUUAUAAAUAUAUAUAUUUUUAAAAACACUCAUCUAAGGUGAGGUGCUGUGAGCAGUUUUGGAGUAUGCGAAUCUGAAGGGAGACGGCUGAGUCUCUUGGGACAUUCUCUACCGCUAAGACUUUUUCUAAAGAUUUUGAUUUUUUUUUAUAAUACUAUCUACCUAUAAUAACUUGGGACUUCAUGACCACUAUUUUCAUAUUUUUUUUUCUCUUGAUAGAUGUGUCAUGUCCUAUUCUCACUUUGCUUAUGCAGGACAUAAGUUCCCAAAGCAGCCUCAAGUACUUGAGUCAUCAAGAAUAGGGGCUCAGAUUCAUUCACACAUACUUUAUUGGGGGCCAGUCUAUUUUUUUUAAUGGUCAUAUUUUUGUUCUAUGAAAUUCAUGAAGAAUUAAAAAAAAAUGAUCCCCAUGGUAUGCUCAAGGACAUCAGCUUAUUGCAAGUUCCCCAGGUUUGUCUAUGGGAAAUCUAUUUUCUACCAAGCUCUACAGUCAGUAUUUUAACUACUGUGAUGGUAUCAAGCCCAGAAGCCUGUCCCAUUCCAACUCCAUUCUAUAAUUUCGUUACUUUGUCAUUACAUUUCAGCUCAACACUGGGAUAUAUGUUUACGGAUUACACUACGGGGAACAGUGGUACAUUUACCAGUCCAGCUCUGGGAAAACCAUCUCCUACAAAAUAUCAAGGAAGACCAAAUUUAAUGUUCUUGACACUAAUUUUUUUUUGUGUGUGAUGCAAAUAUAUAAACUGAUUUUGUAAAAGACUGAAUCUUAGCCUCUGUUUAUAUUGGGUAGAAAAACCUCAUGAUUACAGCGAUAACAGUGAUAGUCACUGGCUGUGAAGUUGCCAGAAAUAGAGUAUGAGAGGGAAAAUGAGUGCAUGGAUAGGUUGCAGAAUUUCAUUGGGCCAAUUGAUGUCACAUUGGAACUAUGAUAAUUAGUAUGGGAAAGAGCUCCUUAGAAUACUUGCUCACAUUAAAAAAUGCCUCAAUUUUUUUUCUUUUUUCUAAAUAAGCCAACUUGAUUUAUAAUGGAGUACAGAGAUGCAAGUUGUAUGAAGAUUCCCUGGUACUGGUUUUAAACGUUUUGUAAACUGGGCAUUCUGUAACACCUGUUGAGCUUGGUAACCUGUGAAAGUUGGUUAUUUUCUGGGUAGAUUUUCUUACAUAGUAUUGUCUUAAAAAAAUCAGAUUGUCUCUUCUAUAUUGAAAGCAUAAUUUAUGUUUUCUAAUUUAAAAUUAAUAUUUUCAUAUAGAUAUUGUGCAAUAAAAGCUGAAGUAGGAUGUGUGGUUUUUGCAAAUGCUUUAACAGCUGAUAAAAUUUUACAUUUGUAAAAAUUAAUAUAUUGUACUGGUACAAAUAGUUUUAAAUUAUAUUUUAAAAA